AUGGAGAGAGCCAGCCGCACACUGGUCACUGAUUUUGUCUUCGUGAGAUUUUCCAACUCUCCAAGGGUUCAGCUGCUCUUUUUCUCCCUCUUCCUCCUGAUCCACCUCUCAUCUCUGGUGGGCAGUGCACUCAUUGUGCACACUGCGGCUGUGGAUGGGCGCCUCCACACUCCCAUGUACCUCUUUAUCUGCAAUCUCUCCUUAGUAGAGCUCUGGUACACCACGGUGACUGUGCCCAAAAUGCCGGCCAAUUCUCUAAAUUCCCAAGGGGUCAUCUCAGGUCUCAGCCACAUCAGCCAGUACUACUUCUUCUCUUUGGCCACCGCAGAGCUCUUCAUUCUCACCACCAUGGCCUUUGAUGUGGCACUGCCAUCUGCCAACCAUUCCUCUACCCACUGCUGCUCAGCCCUCAGACUUGGGGUUCUCUGGCUGGGUCUGCUGGCUUACACGUAUGCCAUCCUAACAGUGGGCUAUGCUUUUAGCACUGUCACUAUCCUAGAGGCCCUGGUCUUUACCAUGGCUUCCUAUGCCCCAGUCCUGACCACAAUUCCAGCCAUGGCCUCGGCCGCUGCUCGACGCAAGGCCUUUUAUACAUGUGCAGCCCAUCUUUCUGUGGUCACCAUCAACUUCAGUACUCUGGUAUUCAUGUAUGUCCCCCACAGUAAAGUAUGA